AUGACCCAGAUCAACUGCACGCAGGUGACAGAGUUCAUUCUCGCGGGCCUCACGGAUCGUCAGGAGUUGAAGAUGCCCCUCUUUGUGCUCUUCUUAUCCAUCUACCUCUUCACAGUAGUAGGCAACCUGGGUCUGAUCCUGGUCAUUAGAAUGGAUGCGAGACUCCACACACUAAUGUACUUCUUUCUUAGCAACCUGGCCUUUGUUGAUUUCUGUUAUGCUUCUGUCAUCGCACCCAAGAUGCUGGGGAACUUCUUGUACCAACAGAACGUGAUCUCCUUCAAUGCAUGUGCUGCUCAAUUAGGCUGUUUCCUGGCUUGCCUGACAGCUGAGUGUCUGCUCCUGGCUUCCAUGGCCUAUGACCGCUAUGUGGCCAUUUGUAAACCUCUCCUCUAUAUGGCUGUGAUGUCCCCAAGAAUCUGCAUCCAGCUUGUGGCUGCCCCCUACAGCUACAGCUUCCUGGUCGCCCUGUUCCAUACCCUCCUCACCUUUCACCUCUCCUAUUGCCACUCCAACAUCCUUAACCAUUUCUACUGUGAUGACAUGCCUCUCCUCAGGCUGACGUGCUCAGACACUCACACCAAGCAGCUGUGGAUCUUUGUCUGUGCUGGUAUCAUGUUCAUUUCUUCCCUCCUGGUUGUCUUUGUCUCCUACCUGUUUAUUAUUUCCACCAUCCUGGGGAUGCGCUCAGCUGAGGGGAGACGCAAGGCUUUCUCCACGUGUAGCUCCCACAUACUGGCAGUCACCAUAUUCUACGGGUCCCUCAUCUUCAUGUACUUACAGCCAAGCUCUCACCAUUCCCUGGACACAGACAAGAUGGCCUCUGUCUUCUACACGGUGAUCGUUCCCAUGUUGAACCCUUUAAUCUACAGCCUUAGGAACAAGGAGGUGAAGGAUGCCUUGAAAAAAGCGAUCAUCAAUGGAAACCAGGUUUUUAUAUUCAUGAAGUUAAGAAAGUGA